AUGUCGUCAAAACUUCCCUCGGUCCUCAGCGCAACCGAUGAGGAGAUUCAGUUACUCUUAGCUGCCCAGGCGCAUAUCGGCAGCAAGAACUGCGACAAGCAGAUGUUGCCGUACGUGUGGAAGAGGAGGGUAGACGGUAUUCACAUCAUCAAUAUAGGCAAGACCUGGGAGAAGCUUGUUUUCGCCGCUCGCAUCAUUGCCGCCAUUGAGAACCCGAACGACGUCUGUGUAAUUUCCGCCCGGCCAUACGGCCACCGUGCCGUCCUCAAAUAUGCUGCCAAUACUGGCGCACAGGCCAUUGCCGGCCGCUUUACCCCCGGUUCCUUCACGAACUACAUCACCCGCUCCUUCAAGGAGCCCCGUCUCAUUGUCGUCACGGACCCGCGGGUCGACCACCAAGCGAUCCGCGAGGCGUCGUACGUCAACAUCCCCGUUAUCGCGUUCUGCGAUACCGACGCGCCGCUCAAGUACGUUGACGUCGCGAUCCCCACCAACAACAAGUCGCGCCAUUCGAUUGGCUUGAUGUGGUGGCUGCUCGCGCGGGAAGUCCUCCGCCUCCGCGGCACCAUCCCACGCACCGCGGACGGCUGGAACGUCAUGGUCGACAUGUUCUUCUACCGCGACCCCGAGGAGGUCGAGAAGCAGCAGCAGGAGGAAGCUCAGGCGAAGGCUGCCGCUGCGGGUGUGGAGCCUGAGCCAGCAGGUGUCUCAGAGUGGGACGUUACCUCCGCCCCUGCGGCGGGUGGUAUCAACCCUGGUCUUGUUGCUGGUGACAGUGGUACUCUCGAUUGGGCGGCGGAGCCUGCCGCUGGCACCACUACCGAUUGGGCAGCAGAGCCCACAGGGCCGUCCACCUGGGGCGCAGAUCCAGUUGUGCCCUCGGGCUGGGAGUAA